AGGUACUACAUCUACAGUAAAUGGACGUUUACCAAUAAGUGAAGCACAAAGAGCCUUAAAAAAGGCUGCUAGAGGCAGAAUAAUGUGGCUCAAAAGUCAGAUUUUGCUCCUAUAUUGCAUUGUAAGUGAAGUUUGGAUGACAAAGCAGCUUGACUCUAGAAGAAAUUUCCCCCGAGGACUUUACUCUGUCGAAGACGGCGGUUCUGCGAAGUGGAACAGGCUAAAAAGGAGUCUGUAUCAGGGAAAGUCCUGCAGGUUACGAGGCUGCUGCACAGGGAGAGAUGAUACCUGCAGCUUUAACAUCGUCUCCAAAGCAGCCAUAUGUUACUGUGACCAGUUCUGUGCCUCAGGUUCUCCUGGCCCUGUAGACUGCUGUGCUGACUACUGGGAAGUCUGUGACAACCCUGUUGAGCCCACCAGGUCAGACAAGCGUUGGCCACCUCCAGCAUCGGGUUGUUAUAAAGAUGGCCGAUACUACGGAGAAGGAACAAUAAUUAAAGACAACUGCAAUUCCUGCAAAUGCUUCCAAAGUCUCUGGAAGUGUUCAAAAGAGGUAUGCCUUGUUCGCCAAGACUUAAUUCAGAACAUCAAUUCUGGAGAUCAUGGAUGGAAAGCAGACAACUACAGUCAGUUCUGGGGAAUGACAGUGGAAGAAGGUUUCAAAAAGCGCCUUGGCACCUUCCCUCCAUCUCAUUCCUUGCUGAAUAUGAGAGAAGUUCCAGGAAACUCACUUCCAGAAGAAAAAUUUCCUGCAUUUUUUGCAGCCACUUAUGCAUGGCCUGAGUGGAUUCAUGAUCCUCUGGAUCAACGAAACUGUGGAGCAUCCUGGGCUUUUUCAACCGCAAGUGUUGCAGCAGAUAGAAUAGCAAUUCAUUCUGAGGGUCAGAUCACAGACAACCUUUCUGCUCAGAAUUUGAUCUCUUGUGAUACCAAGAAUCAACAUGGAUGUAAUGGUGGAAGUAUUGAUGGUGCUUGGAGAUAUCUGAAAACACAUGGGUAA